AUGGGUGCUGCCAAUGAGAAGGCAGCAACCUGGUGCCUAGCAAUGUUGCUGCUAAGAGCUCUACUCUGUUUGCCAGCAGUACUUUUAUUGCCAACAGUUGCUGCUUCAAACAAUUUACAAACGGAGAUGGGCAAAAACAUAACCAAAAUUCUCAACGGUUUUUUCGCCAACAAACGCUACGACAAACGAGUGAGACCCAACUACGCAGGACCGCCAGUAGAGGUAGGCGUCACAAUGUACAUCAUCUCCAUCUCAUCAGUGUCCGAGGUGCAGAUGGACUUCACCUGUGACUUUUACUUCCGGCAAAGCUGGAACGACUCGCGGCUGUCGUUCAAACAGCGUGGCGGCAUCACCGCACUGAACGUCGGCUCCGAAGUGGCCAAGCUGAUCUGGGUGCCGGACACCUUCUUUGCUAAUGAAAAGUCAGCCAAGUUUCACGAGGCGACUACCGCCAAUACGUUUAUACGGCUGAGAGCCAACGGCAAUGUGUUUAGGUCAACGCGACUCACUGUCACUUCUAGUUGCCCGAUGAACUUAAGAUACUUUCCAAUGGACCGCCAGGAGUGCACCAUUGAAGUGGAGAGCUACGGAUACUCAAUGGCAGACAUUCUGUACCGCUGGGGCAUUGACAAGGCUGAUGACCCGCAAGCGGCGAAGAUGUCUCCUAAUGUCGAACUUCCUCAGUUUAAAGUGAAGAAUUUGGAGCAGCACUCCAAAGUAGAGUACCUCACUUCAGGGAACUACUCACGCCUAGUUUGUCAAAUAAACUUUGUCCGCUCAAUGGGCUACUACCUCAUUCAGAUAUACAUUCCCGCCAGUCUCAUUGUCAUCAUCAGUUGGGUGUCCUUUUGGCUGCAUCGAAACGCCUCCCCCGCUCGGGUGCAGCUGGGCGUGACGACGGUGCUGACGAUGACCACGCUGAUGUCCUCCACCAAUGCCGCUCUGCCGAAGAUCUCUUACAUUAAGUCGAUUGACGUCUUUCUGGGCACCUGCUUCGUGAUGGUAUUCGCCUCUUUGCUAGAAUAUGCUACUGUGGGUUACAUGGGCAAAAGAAUUGCCAUGCGGACGGCAAGGAUUCAGGCGCAGGCAAAGGUGGCCACCGCUCGAAGAGCUGCAGCUGCGGCGGCGGCUGCAGCUGCAGCUAAAGAAAACAACUCCGUUUUCAACCACCACCACCACUACCUAGAGUCAGGUCUGACAGGUGGCAGAGCUGACCCUCACGGACACUCCCAUCAUGUUCCCAGCAAGCUGAUGGGCUCUUCACCCUACGCCAGUGAUCCAAUGCUGGCCAGCAGUGUUGAAUGUGGCAACAGCUGCAGCGGCAGCACCUUAACCUCGCCCCGACUGAGCAAUGCAGCGAUGACUACUGAAAUGCGCUACCGAGCUGCAACACUUCAGGGUGGUGGUGGUGGUGGUGGUGGUGGUGGUGGCCGUCCUUCGGUGGACUACUCCUCACGACGGAGGAUGCUCUCCAUUGCUGCCGUUGCUGAGCCCACCGAGCCGAAUGAGGCGCCCAGAGAGCCCGGCUCCAGUGCCACCACACAGUCGGCGCCCGCCAUUGCCAUUCCGGGCGUCAGAAAUCAAAACAGUCUCUUUGGCAUUUGUCCAAGCGACAUCGACAAAUACUCGCGCGUCGUCUUUCCCGUCUGUUUUCUCUGCUUCAAUCUCAUGUACUGGGUCAUUUAUACGCACAUAAGCGAAUUUUUUACCGAAGACGAUACAAACUGA